GUUUUCUGAAUCUUCGUCGGCUAUCAUUAUGUUCUGUUAUUUUUAGACUAGAUCUUGUACCUUCUAUACCAUUUUCCAUUCGGCAUAGCUUCUAUACAGUGCCUGUGCUUCACACAUAGCCUGACUAGGGCUAGAUCUACAUGCAUUAUCUGGACAUAGUAACAAGAAAAUGGCGAGUGUUGCCUUGAAAAGUGAAACGACACGGCUGGGUUCUGGUUUGGCCAACAAGAACUAUGGACGCUCAUAUGGGGCUACAAUGAAAUCACAACAAGAGACAUUUAUCCAGCAUGAAAUACAGCCAGGAGAAACGCUUCAGGGAAUUUCUAUCAAAUAUGCAGUGCCGGUUGAACAAAUUAAAAGAGCCAACAAGCUUUUUAACAAUGACAUCUUUAUGAGGAAGUACCUGAGUAUACCGGUAGGAGACCAACCCUUACCGGCCAACGUACUGGAGAGCGCCACGGCCACAGCCAAUGGUAGUCCAGCCAGGAGAGGACCUUCGACGGCUAAGAGGAGAGAAGGUAGCUCUGAGGAUGAUGAGGAGAAUGGAGGCAAAGUGGAGGAGGACGACAGAGACGUUACCAUGGACUUCUUUAACCGCAUCGACAGACAAGUGAGGGAGAAGAAGCGCAACCUCACAAAGAUAGAGAAAAACAGCAGUAUUGGUGAGAUAGAAGCUAUGACACCCAAUAUUCAGUCUGCCCCCUCACCAUCCCAGAGCUACAGCAGGAUAGCCGAGGGGGGCAAGGCUGCCGGAGAGAGCUACCAACUCAGCUCUGUUACUGUGGCAACGGAAGGCAAUUCCAACCUGGUGGAGACCACACCCCCCGUGGAGGUGGGAGGAUCCAACUCACCCUUGCUAGGAGGUAGGGGAAAGCGUAAAAUGAAGAGUGCGGAUAGGAGUUGGCCUGUCUGAAAUGCACCUGUGCCUGUCAUUGAAUGUCCACCAACCAAUGUGCUUUGUACUUUCUUGUGUGCUCUUCCUGUCCAUUCACAGUAAUACAUAUCCAAACUUCCGUCUCAGUUAGGGGCAUUGAUCCUUAGGAGUGGGGAAGGGGAGGGGGGGGGGGCGGCAUCUUUGGAAGUCUUCCUCCACCUCGCAACCAUUGCAGGAUUUACAGUACUCCUGCGUACAGUGUACAUGAAUUAUAUGCAGUGUACUAUUCUGAUUAGCAUGUCCCCCUCCCCUAAUCUGAGAAUGGAUCAAUGCCCCUAAUCUCAGCAUCUCUUUAGCUUUAUUCUAAUUGUCUCAAAUGUACUUUACUAUCAAUUUCUGCUUUCAAUUAUUGACCCAAAGCUGGAAUAUAUAUAUAUAUAUAUAUACAACUUGGAUGUAUAUUUGAAGGAAAAGCUUUAGGAGAACAAGCCAAGCAUUGCUGACCCCAAAAAGCCUUUUGCAGUAUGUUUGUGAUAUUGUAAAUCUUGUUUUAAUGCAAUCAAAUAUAUGUCUGCCAGUGGUAAAUGUCCAUUUCUCUUUUGUAGUUGUAGUGUGUUUUGAAUGAAAUUUAACCAAACACAAAAUGUUGCACAAAAAGAAUAAGAAUUGUCACAGCGUACAAGUUCUCCAUACGGCAUUCACAUACAUGUAUCACCUUACUGUUACACGUGUACAUGUCCAAAAGUACAACACACCUAUCCAAAUUCCAGACACUAAGGAUAAUUUAUGAACAAUAAACCCACAGAUUGCCUCUUGCUCGCUUGAAAAUUUAGUGUGCACUGAAUGUGAUGUAUAUUCCAGCAUCUUGGCUAACUUUCAAUGCAUAGUAAUGUUUUUUUUUUAGUGUUGCCUUGUUUGUCAUCAGUAUACCAAUUGAUUUGUAUUUGUGUAAAUAUUGGCUGUUGAUUGAGUGCGUACAUGUACACCUGUAGUAACUCGUGUUCGAGGUUUAGAAGAAUAAGGUCACUGCAGAUAAUAUACAUGUACAUGUAUAGUGUACCAUCAUGAAAAACAGGAAGGCGGUGCAAAUUUACUUCAUAUAUGCGAGUAUAAGUGAGAGCAUUUACAUGACAUACACUGUACAUGUACAUGUCAUAUUUGUUGAUCACAUCAUUGUCAUCAUGACGACAAAAUACAUAAUAUACCAUGUUACAAUAUAUUCCAAUCUGAAAUCAUAUUUCACUUACAUGCAAUGUGCAUCAUGUACAUGUAGCUCUCUUUUUGUUGAUAUCCCAUAAAAUUGCUUGCAAAGAAAAAAAAAAAAAAAAA